UUCCACUAGUCACCUCUCACUAACAUUUAAGACAGGUUAUGUUGUUUUAUCUUUUUAACUUCAUAACCUAACAGCGUUUCAUUUCUCGCAUAGACGAUGAAGUAGGAAAACAUGAUUGCAGGUUAGGAAAGUGUCGUUUAAAGGAAUGGCAUCAACACGAAUAAUUAAUUAUGUUUUAUACAAAAGAUUUGUAGCAAUCUCUAAUUUAAAAAAUGUAUGCAUUCUUUCUACUUUUAAUAUCAAUUCUAAUUUUCGACAAAAUGCAUAUUAUUGCACAAAGAAAUCAAUUGUUAAAACAGAUCCUGUGGAACGUGAGAAUAAAAUACAAGUUGGAUUUGCGGAUGUAGGUAAAUUUCUCAAAGAAAAUACAAAAUCUAUUGGAUAUUUAGGCGUGAUAAUUGGUGGUAUAGGAAUUACAGUUUUCAUGUUUUAUAUUAUUUUUGAUGAAUUAUUUUCCAGUAAAAGUCCAAAUAGCGUGUAUAGUAAAGCGUUGGAUCGCUGUAUCAAACAUCCUAAAAUAAUAGAUGCUCUUGGAGAACCGAUAAAAGCAUACGGGGAAAUGGGUAGACGUAGAAGUCACAUAAGUCGUAUUAUCUUUGAAAAAAAUGGAAUACGUCACAUGAGAAUGAAAUUUUACAUUCAAGGUAUAAGAAGACGUGGAACUGUGCACUUGGAAGUGCAAGAAGAUAAUACAUCUAAUUAUAUGUAUAGAUAUUUAUACGUAGUUGUGGAUGAUAUUCAAACUGUUAUUAAAAUAGAAGAUAAUAGAGAAGAGAACAAAAACUACAGUAUCGGGACAGAAGAUCAAUGGAGCUAAUAUAUAUUAGAUCUAUAUAUUAAAUCUUUCUAAUUAAUAUUUGAUAUGUCAUGUACAGAAAUGCUUAUAAUCUUAUAAUUAUUUGCAAUAUUAUUUUAAAUAUACUUUUAUAAAAUUUGUGUCAAAUAAAAAUUCUAGAACUUAGAAAAA